AUGUCGUGCGAUCAGGACGUAUUAAUAGCUGCCGCGGCGUUCAUAGUCACUGCGAAUAAAAAAAUUAAAAAAAAAGCGAAACCGCGGAGAUUCUGGGUACGACCUAGUCUUCAAAGUCGUGAAAUUUACAACACAAGUCAUCUUUUAUCCGAUUUAAUAUCAGAUGAUACUGAUAUAUUAAAUCUAGAAUAUAGAUGCAAUGGAGGUUUCAGAAACUUUUUUAGGAUGUCACCUUCUCAGUUUAAUGAAUUAUUAAACAUGGUAAUUCCUAGUAUCACGAAAAAUGACACUAAUUUUAGAAAAGCAAUACCUGCUCAAGAUCGAUUGGCUAUAACUUUGAGAUUCUUGGCAACAGGCGACUCUUACCAUUCACUAUCAUAUUUAUUUAAAAUUUCAAAACAAACCAUUUCAAAAAUAGUACCAGAAGUAUGUAAAGCAAUUGUGGAUGUUUUAAAGGAAUAUGUAAAGAUGCCGAAAAAUGAAUCUGAGUGGAGACUGGUCGCUAGAGAGUAUGAAGCAAAAUGGAAUUUUCCGAAUUGCGUUGGCGCGAUGGACGGAAAACACAUAGCUGUUCAAGCACCAGAGUGGAGUGGCACUGACUAUUACAACUAUAAACAAUUUUUCAGCAUUGUUUUAUUUGCUAUAGUUGACGCAAAUUAUAACUUUAUUUAUGCUGACGUAGGAUGUCAGGGAAGAAUAUCUGACGGAGGAGUUUUUAAUAAUACAUCAUUUUGUAAAUCCAUAGAAUUAUGUACGCUUAAUUUGCCUCCCGAUGUUUCUCAUCCAGGUAGAACAGUAAAAUCCCCUUAUGUUUUCGUCGGUGACGAUGCGUUUCCGCUUUUGCGCAAUAUUUUAAAACCAUAUCCAGGAAUUCAGGAAAAGGGGUCAGCCAAUCGUAUUUUUAACUACCGUUUAAGUAGGGAGCGUAGAACAUCGGAAAAUGUCUUUGGAAUAUUAUCCUCUGUUUUUCGAGUUUUCCGGAAACCAUUACUUUUAGACCCAGAAAAAGCAACAAAUGUUACUCUUGCAGCUAUUUAUUUACAUAAUUACCAAAGAAAUAGUCCUUCGAAAAAAAUAUACUGUCCUCCUGGUACUUUAGAUUCAGAAUGUUCAGAUACUAGAGUAACUAUACCAGGAGCUUGGCGAAAAGAUAGUUUAGAGCAAACUUCGUUUAAUAAUUUUCCCAGGGUGGCACGAAAAAGUUCGUUGGAUGCUACAGAGGUGAGAAAUGAAUUUAGGGAAUACUUUUUAACAAACGAAGGACGGGUAUCCUGGCAGUAUGAAAAUUCAUAA